AUGGGGGAGACGGACAGGGCGGAGUAUUGGCGGGCGAAGAAGGCGGCCCGGCGGGCGAGGCGGGCGGAGGCGCGGGCGGUCCGGCGGGAGGAGCAACGCCGCGAGUGGGACGCCCUCGACGAGGCGCAGCGGCAAGAGCGGCGGGACGCGGCCGCCAAAGUCCACGACAUCCGUCGGGCUGCAGAGGCGGCCGCCCACGAGUUGCGGUUGAAACACUUAGCAGAUGACACACUACCGGUAGUUGUAUUCGAUCUCAGCUUCGCGUGGUGUAUGACAGAGGCAGACUGUCGCAGUACUGUAUCGCAGGUGAAGUUCGCCUACAGUGCGCUGCGCCACCACAACUUUCCUCUGCGACCCGUUAUCUCUUCCCUCGCCGGACCUGAUCAUACCGAUACAUUGCGCGGAUUGUGUGACUUUGACGGCUUUCGGCGUUACCCACCGUCGCUGCAUGAUGAUCACUGGUCCACUAUUUACCCACCAGAGCGUGUGGUGUACCUUACAGCUGACACGGACGUAGUGCUGGAACGAUUGGAACCUGGUGAAGUGUACAUUGUCGGCGCCUUCGUUGACCACAACGCGCGAAAGUUCCUUACUCGUGAUGCUGCAGUAAAACACGGCGUGCGUACGGCGCGUUUACCGUUACAAGAGUCUAUUGAGGUAGGAAACCGCUGUAAGGUGCUUACGGUGAACCACGUGGUGGAAGUACUCUGUCGCUAUGCCGUUAGUGGUGACUGGAAAAGUGCUUUUGAAGUGUUGCCUACAAGACGCGUAAAUGAGUCUCGAAAGAAGCGAUUCCGUGUUUCAUGCGAAGAAGGGAGUGUGAAUGAUCAAGACGAAUACGAUCAUGUUAGUGAUGAUGGUGAUGAUGUUAAUGACAGUGGAGUUGCCCAUGAUGGUGGUGACAUUGUUUGUCAUGGAAAUAGUGAUACUGCAAAAGAAAAUCAUGGUGAUGCGAAUAAUAAUGAUAAUAAAAAGGAUAUUGCGGCACAGCCUUUGUCAGGACCAGAAAUGGGUCAGUGA